AUGGGCAACCUAGAAGCUCCUCAGUGGGUGUCCUUUACCAAGAAUUGGCACAGUAGUCCUUACGAAGCGAUUUCUAUCCAACGACCGGAGCUCUCCAUGAAUGGAAGAAGCGUCGUAGUUACAGGAGGCGGGACUGGCAUCGGGAAAGCUACCGCAAUUGCUUUUGCUAAGGCUGGAGCGAAGAGCAUUUCCAUCAUCGGACGACGGCUAGACAGAUUGCAAAGCAGCAAAGCAGCCAUCUCACAGGCUUCUAUGAAAAACGCCAUUGUCUUGUACGAGGUUGCCGACGUUUCGAUUCCUACGCAGGUUGAGAAGGCGUUUGAUAAUAUCGUCGAGCAGGUGGGUAAGAUCGAUAUCUUGGUCAAUAAUGCAGGGGCUAUCUGCCCGCCUGGCGCCGUGGUCGACGCCCCUUUCGAUCAUCUUAGCAAGGUCAUUGAGACGAACGUUCUGACGACAUUCAACGCGGUACGGGUGUUCUUGUCACAUGCUGGGCCCAAACCGAUUCUCAUCAAUAUCACAGCUUGUCUGGUACAUAUUCAGCCAAUGGCUUCCAUGGGUUUGUACACGGCAGCCAAGGCGGCCCAGACCAGGAUAGUCGAUUACGUCGGCAUUGAGAAUCCGCACGUCCACGUCGUCCAUCUACAUCCAGGCAUGGUCACCACAGAGAUAGGGGGCCCUGAUUCAGACGUCAAGGGUCAAGAUGAAGUGGAACUGCCUGCGCAGUCAGUAGUCUGGCUCGCGUCCGGAGAAGCUGCGUUUUUGAAAGGAAAGCUCGUUUGGGCAAACUGGGACGUCGAGGAGUUGAAAGCUAGGGCUGGGGAGAUCGAAGGAUCCCGACUGCUCACUAUUGGUCUAGAAGGAAUGUUCAUGUGA